UUAAAAUAGUAGAAUUAAAAUAGCAUUUGUAUUUAGUUCGUAUUGAAUUUAAAUAAGUGACAAAUGAAAAUAUAAUUGACCGGAAACAGAUGACAGUAGUGUCUGAGUAACUAAACGACGCCUGGGACAAGUGACGAGUACAUAGUGGGAACAAUUGGAUAAUUUUUUUCAUAAAUUAACUGCAAUGGAGUCUCCUAGAAAAAACAAUGAUUGCUAUUUUUAUUAUUAUUCAACGUGUACUAAGGGUGACAACUGCACUUUUCGUCACGAACCCUCUGCUUUAGGCUGUGAAACUAUGUGCUCCUAUUGGCAACAAGGAAAAUGCUUAAAUCAACAUUGCAAUUUUCGUCAUAUGGAACUUAGGAAAAAUCGUAAAGCAAUACCAUGUUACUGGGAGACACAACCUAGUGGAUGUCGUAAACCUCAUUGUCCCUUCCAACAUAAGAAUCCACGAGAACCAGUAAAUGUUGAACCGCCUCCGGUUCCUGCUGAAGGUACGCAUGAACAGAAAAAUGAGCGGUCUGACUGGAAUAGACGUCAAGCAAUGGAAAAUAAUCAACAUGCUGGCGAAUUGUCUAAUAAUGAAAUUGAAUGUGCACGACCGACAUCCCGCCGUAUUAGUCAAACUAACACUGAGCCACCAACAUAUGGAACACCAUCUGUUGAUCCACUUGUUGUGAACUUCGAAGAAGAAUCAGACAAUGAAAGCACAUCCAAUACUCCUGUUAAAUUCAACAAUGCAAGAUUUAGUAAUAUAGGUGUUAAAACAUUAGAAGAAAUACGUCUUGAAAAGAUUCAAGAGGCAUCAGCAGCUUUAUAUUUUUAUGGAAAUCAAAAUUGUUUAGAACAAGAAGAUUUAUUAAAUAAUGACGAACAAGAUUUACGCCAAAGACUUAGAUCAACCCGAUUAUCACAGAAAAAGGAUAGUGAUUUUGAAAUUUUAACGUUAACAGAGAUACGAAAGAGAAAAUCAUCAGAUACUCGUAAUUUACCUAAAGUUAAUGUUUUGGAAAAAGUACAAAAUGUAUUAUUACAAGCUAAAAACGAAUUAGAAAAAAAUAAUGCAACCAAUAUUACGACACCGGAAAUUAAAAUAAAAACUCUGGAUGAAAUACGUGCUGAACGUGCGUUAAAAAAUAAAACACAAGAUGAUGAUAAACCACAAAAUCGUGUAAAACGAUCAUUAUCUACCGAUUUAAUGGACAGUAGUAAUUGCAAACGAUUAAAAAUACAAAGGAAAAAAUCAAUAUCUUGUGAAUCAAUCACAGAUUGUAAUUCUAAUAAUAGUUUUGUUCAAAUUCCGGUAAGUGAAAAGUCUGUCGAUCAAAGAUUGGUGGAUAAUGAAAGUACUGUUUGUGAUACUGAUAAUUUAAGUGGAUCGAAAAUGAUAACAGUGCCUAAUUUAAUGUGCGAUAUUCAGGAUGAGGAACCACAUAAACAAAUAGACAGUUAUAAUGACGAUGUUACCAUGGAUGAGGACACACAUAUAAGUGAUGAAAAACAAAGGCAUGAUAAUACAGAUUCGAAUGACAUCUUACAAGAUAUUGAUCAGCUGUUGAAUGAGAACGAUUAGCAAUUAUUACAAUUUUAUUAUAUAAAUUCAUUGACUAAUGCAUUUGUUUUAAAAAAUAUCAUUAUUCAUUUUGUUUUUGUUGUAGUUUAUAAUUUAUUUUAAUAUAAGAAAUUGAGU